AGCGCAUCACAGCCGCGUGCUCCGUCCUGCGUUUACCGGCUCGCCGUUACGCCCGUCGCUGUUCGGGGUUCGCGCCACGCUUCCGUCGUCGGAUUUGUUAAUUUUUGUUUUUGGUUUUUUUCUGGUUUUCCAAUUGUUGUUUCACGUGCAAAUUCUUUUUCCGACCACUGACGUUUUUUUAUGGUGAAUUUUUCUUUCGAUCGUUAGUGCUCACCGACAUCACAGUGUUUAUUGGAUUCAACUUCUACCGUGGCUCGUUUUUGUUUUGAUCGCAAAUUCCUUAUCCGUGGACGUCCGCUGACAGCGACAAAAUGAACGCUGACAAUCUACCGCCACUGCAAGUGCAAUCGUUUUUUUAGCGAACGGAAAUCGGUCGAACUAAGAACACAUAAGGUGUGUUUGUAACGAAAACGAACCCUCCAACGCCGUAGUUGGACCAUGCGUCCGUCUCCACCGCUGUUGAUGGUAUUGACGAUACUGCCGCCACUACUGGUUCUGUUGUUCUGUAACACGGCUGCAGUAAGCUCUCAGUUGGCAUGGACACAAAUCUACGUCGGUUCCACCAGCCAGGUGGACCUAUGGACACAAGAAUCGCAAGGAUGCCGAUGCAAUCACGAUUUACUCAGACAGGACUGCGCCUGCUGUGUACCACAGGGCGGAUGUCAAUGCGGAGCACUAGCGCUGAACCGUUGUGCGCAAUGCGGUUUGGAGCAGCAUUGCACGAACAUGUGCAACGUCACAAUAAAAGCCGAUAUGCUGUUGGCCCGUUCAAACUCGACGUUCGGACAGAUCAAAUCUCCCGCGCUGUCCGGCCCAAACUAUUGUUGGUACACGCUGGACCCAGGGUUGGACAGACGUGUGGAACUACAAGUCUACAGGCUCGUCAACGCCGGCCAUUUCAACGGUUCCAGUUGUGUAUCGGGAUACUUGGAAUUACUGGAUUCCUUUGGACAAGGAACAGGGCCUCGGAUAUGUGGCCAAAACGAACGGUUAGCACCUCCAGUCGUCAUGUUUGCAGAUCAAGAAUCGGCCGUAUUGAAUUUCCGAAUUGAAGAAGCCACGUCUAGAUCACAGUUUUUGGCAUACUUUAGCUUUACUUCGCUAACGAAUGUUCAUGGUCUAGCGUUCAGGCCCAAAGGAGGCAGAAGGAUAGAGCACACGGUUUGUGAUUGGCUGUAUCAAGACUUUUCUUGUAACAAGGACUCUUGUACGCUGGCUAGCCCAGGGUUUCCGGGAAUUUAUGGUACAAACCUUUAUUGCAAGUACCAUAUUACCACAAGCUCCGUUCAUACCAAAGUACGGCUACAAUUUCUCACGUUAUCAUUACCACUCAAGUAAGAUAUAACAAUAAUAUUUUAU